AGCCGCACCGGUCCCGUGUUGGUUCAUAUCCCCAUUAGAACAGUGGGGCAUACUACAAAAUCUACCCACUAGGCAAGCGUUUCAGAAAGCCAACGCCGCUCUGAAGCAUAACACUUGAUCAAAAUUGCACCCCGAACAAUGGCGGUCGUCAGUAAAAGCGGACUCGGAGGCACGGCAGCGUCACUGUCAGAGCAAUGCAUGGGCGUCUUUAUCGCUGGAUCACAUAUAUACUCAGAAUCAUCCAGGGCUUCUUCCGUGAACCGUGCAAGUCCAAACUUAGGCCCUGACGCCUUCCCCUGCCCUAUCUUCCUCUCCCUCACCAUGGCAUCCCCUCUUUAUGCCAUUCCACUUGAAAUCGCUGAGCAGAUACUGAUGUUCUCACAUCCCAGGGAUGUUGCCAGGAUAUCGCAGACAUGCCGCCAAUUUCAUGUAUUGGUCUACAAGGCCGACCAAUACUUGUGGCGGGAGCUUUUCCUCUCGUAUCCCUUUGACCACCCAAAGCGGUCGUAUCGCUUCACAAGCCAGCAGAUCAAGGAUUUCGAUUGGAAGGAAGAACUCCAGCGUAGGGUCAAGGCAGAAAUAUACAUUUCGUCGGGAAAAGAGGGUCCCGAACUACAAGAGUCCCUUCUGACACUCCAUUCUGCUGUCGCCACAGCAGCAGAUCUUACAGACUCCCACCAGGAGUCCUACAAUAUUGCUUGGCUCUCCAAGUUAUUUCACACUGCCUCGUUCCUCCACAGUUCCACGCUUGAACCGUCAUUACGGUCCCUUCGCGCUCAACUGCACUCGUACCUUGCGCUUUCAUACGACGAAACCCCAUUAGCCCAAUCACCGACCCUGCGUGCGCUCCGUCUCCAAAGCCGCUGUUACGUCUAUGACUUGCGUAACUACACCCGCAAAACGCUCUGGGGUCCGUUCAUCAUUGACCCAAAUACAAAUGAAUUGAUAGCCAACUGGGAACACAUCGACCAUAUUGUCAAUGUCGUUAUUUUCAACAUACGAAAUUUGGAAGACAGCCCUUUCCAAGAAGCGUGUCCAAAGUGGAACCUGGAGAUGACUCGUGCUUAUUCUGCACCCCGGUCGUCUGAACGAAAGCCGCAUGAUUGGGCGGGCGCGGAAGGUACUUGGAGACGCUUUAUCUCGUUCAUGGAUUAUCGUGAGUUGUUCGCGUUCAAUUACUCCAGCUUUGGCGACGGUCCGCGGGAUCAAGGGUACUUUCAAGACGACACCAUUGAAGAAGCCGUCCGCGUUGUCGAGAUGCGUUUAAAAUUGGUAGACAAUCCUACCAUAGCACCAGAACCGUUCGAUGACCCGGAAUACCCCCCGCUCAUGUACGAAGGUGUUGCUCGGGGAAUGCACAGUGCGAACGCUGACAUAAAAGGUGUUGUGAGGAAAUAUCUAAACGGGACGAUCAGGUGGACGUUCUUGAUGUUCUAUGAAGGUGUCCGGCAAUGGAGUGCGGAAGGUGUACAAGUGGGUAACGUCUGCAGCGCAUCCGGUAUAGCGGGAAUUUGGACAGGUUCCGAGCACCAAGUCGGUGAUCCUGCGGGUCCCUUUCUCAUGUGGAGGGUAGCAGAUGCACUGAUGUUUAACGAACACAAGGAGUAAUCUCACUUUUCCGCCUCUGCGCCGUUCUUCUCCUCACCGCCUCCCCAAUGGAACAUUGUACCACCACCCUUUCCACAGACUGAAUCUGAACUCGAUGAUGAACGGAUGGACUCUUAAAUUAUUAUCUCUCAAUCCCUCAUGAGCCCGUCAGAACAAAGUUGCAACUCGCUCCAUUCCACACUUUCCGUUCAUUCCACUCAUAUAUGCUACAGCUACAGUUAGAGUACAAGUACAUUAUGCCUUCAGUACAUUUCAUUCUUCUCUUCAGAUCAUACCUCACGACUGGAUACCACUCGCCUUGCCGAAGAAUUUGAUGACUGUACAGUACAGAUCCUCGUACUUGGCUUUAUUGUCAGGGUCGUCAAGGUUAGCGCGGGCUGCUGCGAAGCCGUGGAACCUGAUAUCGGUCAGGUGAGUGGUGUCAAAAUGAUACAACAUCGGAGCUUGAGAGGGAUACAUACGAGUCAAAAUGUUUCCAGUCACUCUUAUCAGCGAAUGGCUUCUUUUUCAGAAUCUGGAUGAUUUUCUCGUACUGUCAAGGCACGUCGCAUGAUGCCAAGAGGAACCUUCAACUUUGCAGCAUCAGCGGCUGAGAGCAUACUGAUGAUAAUUACGCAGUCAGCAUGAAAGAAUGGCAUAAACACAGGCGGGACUUACGCAGGAUGGACGAUUGAAACGGCGCCGAAGGGAGUGUUGUGUUCACCGCCAGCGAGCAUAAUAACCUUACCACCUACAAGCGUAUCGAGAUAUCUCUGAGGCCGUCUUCGGAAGAGCGGAUUGGUACUGGCACUUACCCCAGCAGAACCCGUAGACUCCAACAAAGUUGACAUUAUCGUUCUUCAAAGCGCGUCCAAAGUGGAUAAGCUUAUCCUUAUUCGCGGGAGGACUAGCAAUGCCUCCGAAGAAAUCUUGCAGCUUCCUCUUCUCCGCUGGAGUCUUAGGCGGGAAGUGUUCCGCUGGCCAAGGUUCUCCGUCUUCAAAGAAAUCGGGCAUUAAAACUUUGACCUUAAGUUGGUCGGCGAUUAUGUCCGCGCCUUGUUGCGUUUGCGGUUUGAAGCUGGCACGACGUGUUCAGAUACAAUGGUGUGCUAGGAGUACGUAUGUUCCCUCACCCGAAGAUAUCAUAGACACAGACGAGAGCUGUGUCCCCCAGCUCCUGCGGUCCUGUCACGUAUACCUACGGACGUUGCUUGAGCUUCGACGGUCCUAUGCCCAUCCCCUAGCAAGCAUCUCACCUUCCUGAAACCUCCAUAGGACGUGAAGCUUCCCUUAGGAGUGUAGUCCGACUUGACCGGUGGGAUAGUGCAGCAAGCUACGUUAGGAUUGUGCACAGUAUAGCUAGCAGUCGACAUCUUUGCGUGGUUGAGAUGGUGGACGAGAGCACGAAGACGGGUGAGCAUCUGGAGAAAUACAACCCCUGAGGGCAGAUAGGUUUAUAUCUAGAUCUGUGGUGGUCCCGUCUGGGCACCAUCCCCACUAACUGCCCCCAUAUUUUGUU